CAAGGAAAGGGCAAGAAAACAAGAGGGACACAGGGAGAUCACCUUGAGGAGCUCGUGUUUCUCUCCUUCUUAUUCAGAAACCAUAGUUUUUCAUCGUCUUCUAUCAACCACUUCAGCCCUAUACCUCUUUCUUUUAGCUGUCAUCCUUAUCCGAAUCUCCAAGAAAACGGCCGUCAUUUCCUCCUUCCACCUUUAAUCCUCCUUAUUUCUCAAUCAUGGGGUUUCGUCUCGUUCUCACUCCCUCCACAAUGCGACACGCCUCCAAAAAGCUUGAUUUUUUGCCCCAUUGACAGCAAAAGAAGCUCGUACCUUUCAGGAUUUUGGUGGUGAUUUUUUAAUAAUAAUAACAAGCUAUGUCUAGUCAUAGGGAUCGAGGAGGAGAGUCUUCGAAACCGGAGCUAGUUGGAGGACUGUUGGAUCGGAAGCGCUUAAACGAUGCGCUGGACAAUCAUCUAGAGAAGUCGUCCCCAUCCACUUCGAGGGGCUUCAGCAAAAAAGACAAAGAAAGAUCAUGUGUUCCUUCAACUUCCAUUGCUAAAUCCCAGCUUGAUCAUCGCGAUUCACGUUCAUCAGCUCUCUCCAAAGCCAAAUGUGAUGAGGAGUCUGAAACAGAGAGUGAAGAAUCAGAUGUCAGUGGUUCUGAUGGAGAUGACACAUCUUGGAUUUCGUGGUUUUGCAAUUUGCGUGGCAACGAGUUUUUCUGCGAAGUUGAUGAUGACUACAUCCAGGAUGAUUUUAAUCUUUGUGGGUUGAGCAGUCAAGUUCCGUAUUAUGACUAUGCGCUCGAUUUAAUAUUGGACGUUGAAUCGUCCCAUGGUGAUAUGUUCACUGAAGAACAGAAUGAAUUGGUUGAAUCGGCAGCUGAGAUGUUGUAUGGUCUUAUACACGUCCGUUACAUAUUAACUAGCAAGGGAAUGUCUGCUAUGUUGGAGAAAUACAAAAACUAUGAUUUUGGGAGAUGCCCGAGAGUUUACUGCUCUGGACAACAUUGCCUUCCAGUUGGUCAGUCAGAUAUCCCUCGUUCAAGUACCGUGAAAAUCUACUGUCCAAAAUGCGAUGAUAUUUAUUAUCAUCGAUCCAAAUACCAAGGCAAUAUUGAUGGAGCUUAUUUUGGAACAACAUUUCCGCAUCUAUUUUUAAUGACAUAUGGACACCUAAAGCCACAAAAGCCGAAACAAAACUAUGUCCCAAGAGUUUUUGGCUUCAAGCUCCAUAAGCCUUGAUGUGAUAGGGGAACAACUGCAAGCUGUAAGUUGAAUUGAGAUAUCCUAUUGUUGGACGGUGGCAAUUCUCUCUUACUCUGGUGCUUCUUUCUCUGCAGUGGAUGCCCUAACAUACAAGGUGAAGUGAACAAAUAAAAAAGAACAAUUGCUAGGAGGAUAGGUAUCAGGUAUGUCAAAUGUUUAAAGAAAUGAAUUAUGGCCUGUUAGUUGAGCUCAUAUAUAUAUACUCUAGAAUUUAUUAAUUCAUGAAUUAAACAAAGCAUUUGUAAACAUAUCUGGCUUUUGAAAUCUGU